CUCGGGCCACCCCGCGGCGACCUGACCCCGGAAGUGGGGUGUCGGGCUCCUGUGGCGGUGCGGCGGGGGACUGCGGCGAGGCCUCAGGUACCUGUCCUCGCAGGCGGCGCCGCGGCCCUGCCGUGUGGACUGAGGAGAUCGCGUGGCGGGAAUCGGACGCGGCGUCCCUGGCGCUAUGCGCCGGCUGUUGACGACCCCGCCUCCUUUCUUUCCGCUCCUGCGCGGGAUCACUGCUGAGUCUGGGAGGUGGAGACGGCGGCGGCAGCAGUGAUGUUUCACUUCUUCAGAAAGCCCCCCGAAUCUAAAAAGCCCCCAGCGCCAGAGACAGAAGAGGUAGAAGGAUUCGUCCUUUUGGGAGACACAGCAAAUGAGCAAAAAGAUAAGACUUCAGAAGCAGAAGGUGAUCCGCCUUUAGAGACCAACAAAGAAAACUCAUCCAGUGAGACUGUGGCAGGCCCUGACACGGAAAAUAAGGCAGGCCAGAGCCUGGAGAGCAGCUCGCUAAUGACCGAGCUCCUGAGCGACGUGCCCUUCACCUUGGCCCCACACGUGCUGGCAGUGCAGGGCACCAUCAGCGACCUUCCCGAACACUUGCUCUCCUAUGACGUCAGCGAAAACUUGUCACGGUUUUGGUAUGAUUUCACUCUUGAAAAUUCAGUGCUCUGUGAUUCAUAAUGUUUAUGUCUGUUUCUACCUUAAUAGUUUUAAAAACAAAAGUUUGCCUGUUGCAUUUAACCUGUUUGGUGAUUGUCAUUUCAUUGUUUCAAGACCCUCAGAAAAGCAAGGAUCAUAAAGCAAAGAAAAUAGCAUUGUUUUUAUUGCUCUAAUUUUUUAGAAUAGAGUACAUAUGUAUAAACAUUGAGCUUUUUUCCUGCCUUGUAAUAAGUGCUGACAUGAGGUCACCAAGGAGGUUCCUUUAGCCAGUCUUCCAAACUCUAACACCUUGAUAAACAACUGUGAAUCAAAACUGGGGCAAUGAGUGGAUGAUUUCUCUUCUCUGAUUUGCAGAAAACAUGAAUUUUAUCCCCUUUAUUCUACUGUGCUUAUGCGUGAAUUAAAAAGAUUGCCAGUUGGCUUAAUUGCUCCAGGCUAAUUGUAGACCUAUUGAUAUGGAAAUUUAAAACUUUUCUAAAACAUCAGUGGCAGUUUAAUACAAAAAUGCUGUAACUCAGAAGGGUAUUUGACCUAGUUCUAAAGAUGCCCAGGUCUGAUAUCGGCGUGUCUAGGUUCAGUUCCCAAAUCUGCCCUUGACUCUGGCUUUCUGGGAGGCCGCAGUGCUGGGUCAUGUGACUGUGUUCCUGCCACACAGGAUUGCUGGAUUGUCUGACACUUGGCCUUGCACAGACCCAGCCGCAGUCUCUUGUGGGCAUUUAGGAAUUAAACCAGCUUCUCUACCUCUGAAAUUAAGAAAAUCAAAUUUUAAAAAAUGAAUGCUAAAACUGCCAUGGACACUGCUUCCUGAGCGGUCCAUUCUUUUUUCCUCCCACCAGUGGCCUUCCUUUGCCACCCCGGAAGAUUACUGUAUCCCCACCUUUGUUCUCUGCCUCUUAAAGCUUGUUCCAAGCGUGCUCGCUGACCAGCUUUCCAAAGAACUUUCCCUGCUUUCAUCUUGGUUGGCAUUUGCUCUCCUUACCACAUAUGUUCCCAGUUUAUGAAGAGUUCUACAUUUCCUUUUCGACUUGUCUGCCUUCUAAAAAAAUCUUAUGAUGAUACAUAUUAUUGGUGAUAACACCCUUAUUUAGAAAUGUGUUGGCCACAUUACAGAUGGAAAUGUUUUACUGCUAGAAAAACUGAAAUCAAUGCAUUUCCAUUUAGAGUGUAGGCAAAAUAUCUAGAUAUAACUUUUAAUUCUUGAGUAUCUCUAAUUUAUUACAAUUACAACAAAAGAGACCGGCCACUGGUUGGCAAAUUGUGAAGGGAAGGUGUAAUUGCGUAAGUUACCAAUGCUGUGGAACAUUCGAGUCACAUUCAUCGAGAGCCGUAGCAGUAUGGCUGGUUAAUUCUGUGCCAAAUUUUAAGUCUAUUUUUUUAAGACAUAGAAAAACCAUACAAAACUAAACACUGUGUAUAAAGGUAUAACCAUUAUCAAGUACUAAUGUGUUACGCAUGUUUGUUAAUAACUGUGGUAUGAUCUUCCUAAAAAUGCUGUUAUUUAAAAAUGGAACAUUUCUGUUGACAAAGGUGUGCUUCAUGCCAUGUGAAGUCGGUGAUUAAAUUAGAUCUUUCUAUGUUUUUCAAAAGUAUCAAUUUGGGAAAUAUCAUUUUGACACAAAUGUGAACAUUUUCUGGAGUUUUUUGAAGGUACAUCUCUUUCAUAUAUCUGUGCUGAGGUACUCUUACAACUAAAUGUAAACUUGAGAUUAAUUCAUCUAACUGUGUUAACUUGUCUAAAAAAUUACAUAUUUUAUUUAUAUUUAUGUCUACCAUGUGAUAAAUUUUCUUAUAUCUGUAGCAACUAUUGUAUUUAAUAAAUGUGAAAUAAAUAUUUUCAUUAUUUUCA